GAUGGUUAUGUUCACCGGCUCAUGGCUUCUAUUGCCGCAAUAAUAGGCUUCAGUAAAAAGUAAACCGGCAUAGCGUAUCAAUGUUUUUUUAUUAUAUGUAAACUCUGUAACACGUGCUAUAUUAUUAUUUGUGUAAUAAAUAUUUUUGUUUUUAAUGGUUAAAUUGGUUAAAGAUGAAUAAAUUAACAGCAAAUAUUUAUUUAAUGGUGAUUUUUGUUUUUUAUGUACAAUUUAUCUCGACAUUUGCUGCAAAUAGAAAAUCACAGGAAUCGCAAGUUAAUAUUCGCCAGAAAAGAAUAAACCAAGAUGACAACACAGGUCAUCAAGAUGUAGUUGCAGAUAAUCAACAGUUUUUACCAUCGUUUGGUCCUCUCUUUGGUCAAGCUUUUGGACGUGCUAGAUCUCCCAGAGUGUACCAAGAAGCAGAAUAUCUACCUGAAAUACCAACAUAUCAUUUAACUGCUGCCGCAUCAAAUCGUGAGAGUGCCAUGCUAGGUUCUGGUAACUUCGGUAUUAUACCAGGUGGUACUUACUAUUCGGACGGCACUAGCGAGUCAGGUGCAUUGAUUGAUCAGUUCCAGUAUGAUGGUAACAGUCAUGGAAGACCACAUCGAUUUUCGGGAAAUCCUAGACCAUCGCCUUACAAAGAUCCAGAAGACUUUUUUGCGGAUUUCCGGGAUUUCGCAGACAUAACAGCUCCGGCGAAGUCUUCUUUUUCUGAACAUCAUAUGGUAUAUGCGUCAGCUGACGACUUCCAAUCAGUAGCUGAUGAGAAAAUUAAAUCAAAGAAAAAAAGGAAGUUGAAUAAACACCAAGAAAAUGAAAAAGACAAACUAUCCAAAGCUAAAAGAAUAAUCCAUACUGGCGAAAAAGAACUUUAUGAACCUAUGAUUGCGCUUAGUCGCUAGUAAUUUGAACUUAUGAGCCAUGUAUAAAAUCAGUUUAAACGUUAUUAAAUUGAUGUAAUCUCACAUUUUUUUAUUAAUGAGUAAGAAUAAGAUUAAUAAAAUUAUAUACAUAGUUAUAUUUUUUUAUGAAUGUCUUUUCAUAUAUCAAACAUCUUUAUUAAAACUAACCAAUAUUAAAAGGUCUGUUGGAUAUAAAUAUAAUUGCAUAUACCUUUAGAAUAUUUAAUCAUCUAACAUAUUUAUUUAAACUAAGUAAUUGUCGUGCCAAGUAUUAUAUGAUAAAUACAUUUUAUGUACUUAUUCUGUGUAGUACAUAAAAUAUUACCUAAUAGAUUUUUAAGUGACAGUUAUUGGUUGGCUGAAUUGUACAGUAUUUUAUUAAUUGAUGUUAUAGAUUAGUUCGUAAAGUACUUAAUUGUUAGUAUGUUAUGUAAAUAUAAAUUAGUUAAAUUUAAGUGUAUUUUUAUAUUUUAUUAACAAUAUGUAUAGAUAAACAAUUUAUAGAAUAUUGUAAACCAUAUAUGCUUGAUUAAUUGUAAACAUAUUUUUACUUCAUUGACAAAAUUAAAAUUGAUAUUUUAUUUUAUGAAAUUCUAUUAUUACGCACUAUUUAAGUAAUUAUUUAUUUGU